AUUGCGCGAAAAGUUCCUGACUUGUGAAUCUCAUUCCCCUCUUUCCUUCUUCUCUUCUCACACAACCACCAUGUCAAUCUCAACUUCACCUCAAGCGCAACUUCUUCCCCAAAGCCAGAAGCGCUUCCUCCCCAAUCCCCGCACCCACACGGCCCACCUCUCCCUCCCCUUCAGGCCCAUCCCCAUCAAAUGCGCCUCCACCCCGGCCCAGCUCCACACCCCCCAGGCCCCGACCCAGGCCCACUCCCAGGAGCGCCUCUUCAACUUCGCCGCCGGCCCCGCCACGCUCCCGGAGUCCGUCCUCCGCCGCGCCCAGUCGGAGCUCUUCAUCUGGCGCGGAUCCGGCAUGAGCGUGAUGGAGAUGAGCCACCGCGGCAAGGAUUUCAAGUCCAUCAUCGAAAAAGCCGAGUCAGAUCUACGCUCCCUCCUCCAAAUCCCCCCCGAAUACUCCGUCCUCUUCCUCCAGGGCGGCGCCACCACCCAGUUCGCCGCCCUCCCCCUCAACCUCUGCCGCUCCCCCCACGACCCCGUCGAUUACAUCGUCACCGGCUCCUGGAGCGACAAGGCCUUCAAGGAGGCCCAAAAGUACUCCAAGCCCAAUCCCAUCUGGUCCGGCAAGGCCCAAAACUACACAAACAUUCCAUCUUUCGCUGAUUUGCAGCAGAACCCCGACGCCAGGUAUUUGCACAUAUGCGCCAAUGAAACCAUCCACGGUGUCGAGUACAAAACCUACCCCACCCCCUUGAACCCCAACGCCGUUCUCGUGGCUGACAUGUCUUCCAAUUUCUGCUCCAAGCCCGUUGACGUGUCCAAAUUCGGAGUCAUCUACGCCGGCGCUCAGAAGAACGUGGGCCCCUCUGGGGUCACCAUUGUGAUCAUAAGGAACGAUCUGAUUGCGCAGGCCCAGGACGUGACUCCUGUGAUGCUCGAGUACAGGAUUCACGCUGAGAAUCACUCUCUCUACAACACCCCUCCUUGCUACGGCAUCUACAUGUGCGGGUUGGUGUUCGAGGACCUCUUGGAGCAGGGUGGGUUGGUGGAGGUUGAGAAGAAGAACCAGAAGAAGGCUGAGAUUCUCUACAGCGCCAUCGACGGGAGCAACGGGUUUUACCGGUGCCCGGUGGAGAAGUCCGUGAGGUCGUUGAUGAACGUGCCGUUCACGCUGGAGAAGUCGGAGCUGGAGGGUGAGUUUAUCAAGGAGGCUGCGAAGGAGAACAUGGUGCAGCUCAAGGGGCAUAGGUCCGUUGGUGGCAUGAGGGCUUCUAUCUACAACGCUAUGCCUCUCGCUGGGGUUCAGAAGUUGGUUUCUUUCAUGAAGGAUUUUCAGGCCAAGCAUGCUUAGAGGAGUGUGUCGGUGAAACAGGUCUCUAUCAGUUUUGGUUUGUUACUAUUUUGUUGUUGUUGUUGUUGUGUUUUGUUGUUUAAAUUUGGGUACUAGGUAGUAUUUUCUUCUGCAGUUUUGAGAUUGUUUUCGGGAUGAUUUUGGAUCUGGCCGAAAUAGUUUAGGUAAGAAUUUAUGAAUAAUCUUCUGUUGCGAGGUUAUAUGGUUCAUUACUUUAGUCCCAUGUGAUAUUAAUGGGUGUAAGAUGGAACGGAAUGGAAUGUGAUCUCAAUAAAUCUAAUGAGGAUGUGUGAAACUCCUUGCCAAUAUAUUGUUUUGAGAAAUGUCAACAAAAUCUUACUAGGAUUUUUUAUUGUUUA